AUGCAGCUUCAUAAACUCUGUUUUAUUGCUCUGUUCGUGGCUCACACCACUUUCGCCGUUAAUCUCAGCCUCAAAACCUCAAACAUAGCCUUCCUUGGAGAUGCAGAGCUUGGUCCAGCUUCAGAUGGCGUGAGUCGCUCCGGAGCUCUCUCCAUGACCCGAGACGCAAAUCCUUUCUCUCACGGCCAAGCUCUCGACAACAGCGGUGCAGGACCCGCUGGAUUCCUCGGAAUCCUUAACAAAACUAACAAUGGCAACUCUGAAAACCAUGUUUUUGCGGUCGAGUUCGAUGUCUUUCAGGACAAACAUCUUGGAGACAUUAAUGAUAACCAUGUCGGUGUAGAUGUUAACUCUCUUACAUCCGUUGUGGCCGAGAAAGCUGGCUAUUGGGUUCAGACGGUGAUAGGGAAAAGGAAAUUGUGGAGGUUCAAGGAGGUGAAGCUGAGCGAUGGAGAGAGGUACAAGGCUUGGAUUGAGUACAAAAACUUCGAGGUAAGAGUCACUCUCGCGCCAGAAGCUGUUAAGAAACCUCAGAAGCCAUUGAUCGUUGUACAGUUAAAUCUCUCUGAGGUUUUUCUCGAAAACAUGUACACAGGCUUUGCUGGUGCCAUGGGCCGUGGCGUUGAGCGUCAUGACAUUUGGAGCUGGACCUUCCAGAACAGUGCCUAA